GCCCGUGAGCACAAUGGUUUUUUUGGAAUCUUUGAUAUGAGGUGAAAUAGAUUUCCAUAGUCGACAGCUUCUGGCAAAGGCUUUGCUUGUUAUUUUAGUGACCGUAAAGUUCCUUCAUCAGCAUCGUCUCCUUCAAGGAGUAGCCCGGCUUACGAUGGAUGCAGAUGGCCCUGCCCGAUUUGCCCACCUCCUGCAGCCCAUCAGGGAUCUGAGUCAGAAUUGGGAGAUAGAUAUUGCUUCUCUGUUAGCUGACUACCUCGAGGAGAUCGACAAGAUCGCAAUCACGUUCGAUGACGGCCAGACAACGAUGAACUUUGCCGAGGCUGCUCUUCUGAUCCAGGGCUCGGCAAGUAUCUACAGCAAGAAAAUCGAGUAUCUCUACUCGUUAGUGUACCAAACUUUGAACUUACUGGCCAGUAACAAAGAGUUGGAGCAGGGCACGUCUGUUGAUGAAGCAGGCAACGACAGGGAUACAUCAUUUGGCAAGAACAAGCGUAAAGAUGAAGAGUUUCUUGCUCUGGACGAUAUCAAGCAGGGCAAUGAUAUCGAUUUAGCUGAGGGCGAGGGUAUUGAUACCAAACCAGUUGCUACUCUACCCAAGCCUCCCAUUGCUCUCGUCCCACUUGCUGAAGUGGAGAAACGUAAUUAUGCCCUGCUAAGUCGUACUGGCGAGCUCCUGGGUAGUAGGAAAGAUUUCCGGAUGAACACGUGCACGUGUCAUCCGAGUGGAGCACUGCUAAUGGACUAUGCUGACAUAGCCCUGGUACCACGUGCUCUGUCCUCUCCGCUGCUACCUUCUCUCGGUGGUGAUGAGACACUGAGACAUGGACUGCCUGCUGAGGGUAUGUCUUUCGCACCGGGUAUGGAUGAUACGAAUGUAGUCACCGAGCCGCCGCCAGCCUUUGUCCUGGACGAUCCCAACGAACUGGAUGCAACGUUCCCUUCACCUGAGAAAGGUGCCCCGAUAGAGAAGCCCGCUGGCAGGCUACCGAGGCGCUUGAACACAACAUCUUCACGUCCAUCCGUGUCUACGCCAGUGCGAGAUCCAUGGGAAGUACUAGAUCCUCACGAAACGCCGUCAUCACAAUCCGAUAAGGCAUUUCGCCGCGGCCGGCCGUUCCGAAUUCCCGGUGUUCUGUCUGGAAGAGGGCAGAAGAGUGCUAAUAAGAAGCGUGCUCAUGAAGAGUCCGGCGGUGGUAGUACAUUGGAUAAGAGCAGCUAUGAUCAACCAGAACUCAUGCCACUUCUAGAGUUUUGCCGCUUGGCGUUCCACUCCCAGGCAUCGCGUUUCCCAUCCAAUUUCCUGAAGGCACCGUCGUUUGCCGACUUCGAGGAGCUCUUUUGGGCUGAGCAGAAGCGUCGGCGGCAACAGCUGAAGAAAGAGCGUGCCUUGUGCCGUGAGAAACUGAGCCGUGAGGAUGAAGAGUAUGCGUUUGAUGAUAAGGAGUAUAGCGAUGACGAGGAAGCACACAUGGUGUUUCAACCGGGCGGACAGAGCUUGGGGCAGGCUGCAGCUGGGGUGGCGGGAUUAGCGACCACAUCAGUCGGUGUCGGUCCGGCCGAUAACUCUGGCGAUGGUGAUGACCUCGGAUUUGCUGGCGGUGAUGACGGUGUAUUCGCUGACCUGGGUCCAAGUCAGUUUGGUGGAGCCAUCGGUGGUCGUGUCGGUGAUGGCAUAGAACCGAUGGCCAUCGAAGACGGUGCGCUGAGUCAGUUUGUUGUGUCUUCUUAUGAGGACUUGGUACGGCAGCACGUCGAUGGCUUCAUCACCAGUGCUAAUCAGUAUCUGAAGGAAUCCGACCUGGCUCGACGCGUGCGCGAGUGGGAGGAGAGAAUCAAACCAGUGCUUGACGAGGAAGAGCAGCACCCACCGUACGACAUUCACGCCUACGGCUGGCAGGUGCUGCAGACGUUCAGUGAUGAUACUCAUCAGGAUCAGAUUGACUUUGCCAAGGUGGCUGAAGGUAAGCAGCAGUUUGAAGUGUGCCGCCUCUUCCUCGCCUCACUACAGCUGGCCAACAACCGCAACGUCGACAUUGUCUGUGGCUCUAGCGACCGGAACUCGAUGCAGAUGAAGCUGCUGCAGACUGAGCAAAUACACACCAGACUUGAGCAAUACCAAGCGCCCUCUUUAGCUUCAUCAAAGGACUCCUGAGAAAUCACGUUUAGUUGCCAGCCACCGCCAUUGCUGCCACUGGUUAGCUACAAGUAGCUAUUUUAUUGUUCUCGUUGGAAACGGCUUUGACUUUCCACCUCUCUUUCUCUCUCUCUCUCUCUCACACACACACACACUUUCUCACUCUCACUCACUCUUUCUCUCUCUUUUUCUGUUCUCUUAGCACCAGAUCAUAUCCUGCUGACUGUUGUCAGUGUAACUGCAUCAAUACUAUUAUGUCUGGUAAAGUCCACUAUUACUUAGGUUUAUUCACUACGUCAUCAUCAAUGUACGACGUGUUGUACAGCAUUGAUCCUGUCACUCAAUUGGAACAGUUUGAGCUCUACGUUUCGAAUGCCAUCAUUAUUUUUAGGUCACCUCAAGUUUUUAGUAUUGUUGGGCGCGGGGAGCUUGUAGCUUUUUGGGUUUCUUUGCUCAAUAUCCUUCUCUCGGGUCUGUCGUCUUUGUUUAGGAGGCUGUGCGCUGCUGCUGCUGCCGCUUGCUACCGUUUUACCGUUUUGCUACCGUUUUACUUUCUGAUGUUUCUUUACCGGGCAGGUCCCUUCUUGUGAUAAUACUAUCAUAUGCUUCAUGCUCCAUCUCUUAUCUUUGUGGUUUGCGUAGUUCCUCUAUUUUUAGUUAUUCAAUUUUAACUUUGUACUCGUGAAGUUUGAAUUUUGAUGACUCAGUCAA